AUGAUUGACAACAAAACACAAGAUACCAAAGAGGAGAGAGUUGCCAAGGGCGGAGAAUCUGAUAUCGCCCAGCCCCGCACUAACCGCUUCCGGACAGGCAAGCGAGCCCCUGAGGCCGUGCACUCGGCCAAAACAGGCCACCGCCGGCUGACAUUGCAACGUCAACCCAACCUCCAGCCGUGA